AUGUCACUCUUGCGUAGCAUUCAAGAAUGGCGAGAAACCUUGUGGAAGAAACAGCCCAAGAAAAAACCUCGAGGAAAAGACGAGCAUUACGAAGAAGUAAUACGCUAUACAACCAAUCGUAUCCGUACAUCCAAAUAUACAAUACUUAGUUUUGUGCCAAAAAACCUUUUUGAGCAGUUUAGAAGAGCUGCAAACAUAUAUUUUCUUGGAAUGGCUAUCCUUCAAAUGCUGCCAACAUUUGGUGUCAAGUCUCCAGCACUUACUCUACUGCCUAUCUGUACAGUCGUAGUAAUCACCGCUCUUAAGGAUGCUUUUGAAGAUCUCGAGCGACACAAAGUUGAUGCACGGUACAACAGCACACCUACUCACACUUUAUUGGGUUACAACAACACAAAUCAUCCGCAACCUGUCGAAAAAAACAAGAACAAAAUCAACGCCCAAGAGUCCUCUUUUUCUCACACUACUGCUAGAGGCGUAUUUGAACCGUCACUAUCAAGAGAUGUACGAGUUGGUGAUUUUAUAUUGUUGCGCAAUGGUGAAAGUCUACCAGCUGAUGCAGUUCUACUGGCAAGUGCAGGUGCAUCAAACAUCUGUUUUGUGGAAACAAAGGACCUUGACGGAGAGACAAAUCUCAAACCUCGUCAGGGUAUCGAAGAAUACAGCUCUUUACAGAGUGGGCAAGCGUGUCUGGACAACUGUCAUUUUUAUCUUGAAUCCGGUCCCCCUAACCCAGACCUGUAUGCUUUCGAGGGAACACUCGUGAUGUUAACCAAGACACUCGAGUCUUGGUCAGAAACCAAGAAGAUCCCCAUUAGUACAGACAAUCUCCUUUUGCGUGGUCAUGUCAUUCGUAACACACCAUGGGUUAUUGCCGUCGUACUUUUUACUGGAACAGAUACAAAAAUCAUGCUCAACUCUGGUGAAACUCCUUCUAAGCGUAGUCAAAUUGAACGUCAAAUGAACAAGGAAAUCAUCCUCGCAUUUGUCGUACUUUUUAUCCUUUCCUUUGUCUGUGCAGCCAUGGGUGGAGUGAUGAAGUUACAGGACGACAAGUCGGGAGCCACUUCUCUUUAUUCACGACAAACAGGCUCUGCAGCUUAUGUAGGCUUUGAGAACUUUUGGGCAAGUCUUAUCAUCUUCCAAAACAUAAUCCCAAUCUCCCUCUAUGUUUCAAUCGAGUUUGUAAAAACCUUUCAGGCUUAUUUCAUCUGGAACGACCGUGAGAUGUGGGACGAAAGUACCGGCCAGCCUUGUAUUCCCAAGUCUUGGAAUCUCUCGGACGAUCUUGGCCAAAUUGAGUAUGUGUUUUCCGACAAGACAGGUACCCUCACCCAAAACGUGAUGGAGUUCCGUGAAUGCAGUGUAGGUGGCCGCCGUUAUGGAAACAAUGGGUUCCAGCCCGAAUCAGAGGGGGCCCGUGGCGCACGACUCCGGCUCGACCCGGAGUCAACCGCUCCUGAAAGACCCCCGGAACUCUUUGAUGAUUAUCUCCAGUCAAUGAAGACUAUUUUUGAACCACGUUAUGCGACUCAAGAUCCAGAGCUACUAUCUUUUGCUGACCCGGCCUUAUUCAAAGAUCUGGAACCAAGUUUGGACAGCCGCCAACCCCUUGUAGAUUUCUUUACACUGCUGGCAAUUUGCCACACAGUAGUAAGAAAGAAUGACCCUAAAGACAGUCCUAUUCAAGUCCCUGCAGCGGCUGCAAUCCGAGAGACACUCCGAGAACAGGGUCGCAAGAUUCAGGCUAACUUUGGCAUAAAAAAGAAAGCUGGACAAGGAAAAGCAUUUGCAGCUCUCCCAUUAACCAAGGUAGAUCAAACUGUUGAGACACAGUUAAUGUACAAGGCAGAGUCGCCAGAUGAAGCUGCUCUCGUGACCGCCGCUCGCAACUGCGGAUUUGCAUUUGUCGGUCGUCAGGGAAAUCGUGCUACAUUGGACGUUCUUGGGGAGAGUUACGAGUACGAAGUAAUACGCGUCCUGGCCUUCACAUCAACCCGUAAAAGGAUGAGUGUAGUAGUACGGCGCCCUGCUCCAUGGAACGAUGUGGUAUUGUAUUGCAAGGGAGCUGAUAACGUUAUAAUUGCACGACUAGCACCAGGCCAAGAGGAAUAUUCUCAGCAAACUCAAGAAGAUCUGGAUUCAUUUUCCAACGACGGACUUCGUACGCUGGUGCUUGGCUGGCGUGUACUCGACCCCAAAUACUUUGAAACAUGGAACGAAUCCAUGGAAAAGGCCAUGACAUCUACUGAGAACAGAAGCGAAAAAGUUGACCAGUUGCAGGAAGAAAUCGAACAGGACUUGAUACUUUUGGGUGCAACAGGUAUCGAAGACAAGCUUCAAGAGGGCGUACCAGAGACAAUCGAGGACUUACGACACGCAGGAAUGAAAAUAUGGGUACUUACAGGCGACAAACUGGAAACUGCAAUUAAUAUUGGUUAUGCUUCCAACUUACUCACAAAAGAUAUGCAUAUUUGGACACUAAGAGUUGAGGAUGUGGAUAGUUUGGAUAACCUUGCGGCGAAACUUGUCCCUACCGAUAAUCUUGAAGAUGGUGAACAGGAGGAGAAUGCCUUAGUACUAGAGGGCUCUGCUCUCGCAAAGCUGUUUGAAACGGACGAAACCAGGGACAAAUUACUACAAGUGGCGUUACUGUGCAAGAGCGUAGUGUGUUGUCGAGUGAGUCCUCUACAAAAGGCGCUUGUGGUAGAGAUGGUACGCAAAGGCAGAAACGCAGUCACACUGGCUGUAGGAGAUGGCGCAAACGACGUAUCAAUGAUCCAAGCUGCAAACGUGGGUGUCGGUAUUGCAGGAAAGGAGGGCGUUCAGGCUUCAAUGGCAUCUGACUAUUCAAUCGGGCAAUUCCGUUUUCUCGGUCAAUUAUUGCUUGUUCAAGGUCAUUGGAGUUAUGGGCGUAUUGCAGAGAUGGUCCUGAAUUUCUUCUUUAAGAACGUCUUCUGGGUGUUUCCAUCGUUGUGGUAUCAGAUAUACAGUCGAUUUUCAGGAAACAUAUUUUACGACUACUCAUUUCUGCAACUUUACAACAUUAUAUUUACACUCGCUCCAGUAAUUAUAAUGGGAUGCACAGACCAAGACAUCACUGCUCCAUGUUUACGCAAAUAUCCGCAGACUUACGAAGUUGGAAUUCACCGUGAACUUUAUACAAAAACUCGAUUCUGUUUGUAUUUCCUGGAUGGUAUCUGGCAAUCUCUGGUUGUAUUUUAUUGUUUCUUCUUCCUCUAUGAGCCUCAUCCAAGUGAUCAUGGUAGUGCUUCAAUGUUACAGCUUUCUACUGGAGUAGCUGUAUCAGCAAUCGUACUAGCGAAUCUUGUACCUGGAUUCAAUACGUACUAUUGGACUUGGAUUAUGUUCCUUGGAGUUGGUGCCGAGUUGGUCAUUAACUUUGCUUGGAUUGCAGUAUAUGGCUCAUUCAGCUCCACCACGAUGUACGGAAUUGCACCCAUGUUGUAUUCCAGAGGAUCAUUCUGGCUCACUGGACUUUUAUCGGUUGUAUUUGCACUCAUACCGCGAUACACAAUCUCAUUCGUAAGGCAGUGGUGGUACUCCGAUGUCAUAUCAACCGUCCGGCAGCGAGAAUACUGGGAGCGUCGCAGUCUCAAGAAGAGCGCAUAAUGUAUCAGCACAUAAACCUUAUUUACCAGCCCUAUAAACAAACAAACAAACAAGCAGACAAGCAAGCAAGCAAUGUAUGCAAACAAACAAACACGGGCGCAGCUAUAAAUCUAAACUAAUCACACUCCAAACGCAUAUUCUUCAUUAUAUCAGACAGUAUAGUGAAGUAUAAUAUAGUGACGGAGCACUCUUUGUAUCAUUAUAAAAUAUAAACCAACCAAAUUUUAUUUC